AUGCAUGAUGAUGUCAUCACACAUCACCAUUACAUCAUUGCAUUCUUCCAUUGGAGCUCUCGUAGUCGACCGCAAAAAUCCCGACGCCAUCAUCACCGUUCUACCUCAGACAGCACCAAUUCUCUAUCAGAGAGCUAUGGGAGCCGGCUGAGGACCAAAUUCCAGGAUGAAGGCCGUAAAGGUAGACCAGGGCAUUCGCGGCACUCUUCAAAGAGGACUUCUCACCCAGAUGAUGCAGGAGAGUUGGCUGGGAGCCCAUUCCUUGGCUGCACCCUGCAGAACAAUUACUUUCUCUCCACCACUGAACUUAUCUCAAAUUCUGGGUCGGCUGCUGGCCUCUUUAAAAAAGCAGCGGGUCAGUUGGGGAAUCGAAUCAAACAGAAUGGAGAUCCCCACGAAUAUGACUCGGGCAAUGCAACUUCUUCCCCUCCGUCUAUUCAGACAAGCACAUCCAGGUCAAAAGGCAGCCAAGAAGCGAGGGGUCAAACCCACAAUGGCUUCGCCCGGGCCUUCUCUUCUGGGAAGGCCAGCAGUGUCAGCAGUCCUGACUCGGGGAACUCAUUCCGCAGCUACAGCUCCCAGUCGAAAGGACCAACUUUGGAAGAACCAAGCCCAUCUCCACUGGGUCUGUGCAAAGAUCAAAAUGGAGAGGUUUGGCCAUCUCUUGAACCUCUUGGAAAGAAGAAGGCCAGCUUUGUAUCUCCACCAUUUUCCAGCUCUCCACUUCAGCCAUGUCUUCGAAACGAGUCCCCUUCUAGCAGGUCAUCUCUGGACUCUAGCCAAUCCGAUCCCUUACGUCACAAGGCAGGACGGAGAUCCUCACCAAGCCGGUCAUGUUGUUCAUCAGAGACAAGAUUUUCUUCCCGUUCCCCUAGUUACUCGCCCAAAUCCUGCAAGAGAGCAACUGGAAGCAGAAUUUCAAGAUCCCGACGGAGUCCUAGCUAUUCUCAAUAUAGGGCUGGCAGGGGCCGGGAACAAGAUCACAAUUAUGGCUCCAGCAGGAAGGAGUCCCACAGGCAUCAGGACCGCCGCCGGCGCAAACAAUCUUAUUCCCCCAUGAGGAAGCGUCGGAGAGAUUCUCCCAGUCACUUGGAAGCACGGCGUAUAACCAGCGCCCGAAAGCGCCCCAUCCCUUACUACAGACCGAGCCCUUCCUCCUCAUCGCCCAGCAGCUCCAGCGUUUACUCCUCCGGGCACAGCUGCCUCAGUUACUCUCCAGCCCGGAGUCGCAGCUACUCAAGCGAUAGGAGCAGCUGCAGCAGAAGUUGGAGCAGCAACGCCCAGAGCAGCCGGAGCCGGAGUAGCGGGGGAAGAAGCAGUCCGCGAAGCAGCAGCCGUAGUUCCGCCUCAACGGGCAGCCAUGACAGUUUGCGGCAUUCCUAG